ACACACACACUCUCUCUCUCUCUCUCUCUCACGCACACACACUAUCUCUCUCUUUCUCCCAAGGGAAUGAUCGAUAACAUUUAGGAACACAAUAGAAGUGACAUGAUAAAAAGAGUUAUAGCACCUUAACAAAGCUUACUUGGGAGCGUUCUCCCAAGUGUAUUCAAGCCGACAGGUGUGAAUUGGUUGCUUGGAGCUUUGUACACACACACACACACACAUUCGCACGCACGCACGCACGCACGAACAGAUAGCGAGUAGAGAGAGAUGGUGAGAGAGAGAUGUUUGUAACCCGCCUCCUGUGAGAUUGUAGUGGCUGCGUGCGCAGUGGCAGGAGCCGUGCGCUUUACAAAACAGAGCAUUCCCCUACCUCCACCGCUCAGUGUGUCACGGCGUCAGCGCGCAAAGACUACGCAGAGAACUCGGGCAACACUCCGAUUGGAGGUCGGGAGACGAAGAGAAAAACAGCCCGUGGACACGAUCAUGCGAUGUGCUGGAGAUUUGCGCACGAGACCUGCCUGUCAAUGCUUUUUGUACCCGUGUUGAAUUAGAACUGAUCUUCAUUCAAUAUAUUCUGUUAGUUUUGUAAAUAUUUUUUUGCCACGAGUCUAUAAUGUAUUAAAUUACGGCAUGCUACGGAUAUGAAGAUGGCUUGUAUCUCCUCAUAUGUGGAGAGGGAUUUUAUCACAUUCGGCACUACGAGUUUGGCUGUCAGUCACCGCACCUCAUUUGAACUACAGGUGCGCACCUUACGGUCCCUCCGGUGCGGGUCGGGUCGAUACCCUGAAGAAACUUGCUGUGAUUUGACAGAGCUUAUUCGUCAGCUCUAUGCUGUCCCCGCUGUGCUCCGACGGCUCGGUGAUCGUGGAGAGAGCGCCGGCCCGGUGGCCACCGCAGGGCUCCUCCAGCCAACGCCGCCGUCCGGGGCACUUCCCCCCACCCACCAGCGGGAGCAGCGUGUGCGCCAACCCCACCUACUACCACGCCGUCUAUGAUGUGCGGGUGGAGCAGUGCCGCGAAGCGCCCCCCUUCGCCUUCGGCCGCCGCGACUCGGGCGCCGGAGGGGGCACGGGGGCCUCGCUCUACUCCCUGGUCUCCGCCGGCGGCGAUGCCCUGCCUGCCCCGCCCAUCCGCAGGAGGGGAGGCCUGGUGGAGCACCGGGACGUCAUCAAGGCCCACCAGAGCCACAAGUUGCAGAGCACACCGCAGGCGCUACGCAAGGAGUGGGAAAUGGCGCGCUUUGGAGACGAAGUGCCGGCCAGGUACGGUGGCGGGGGCCCCAGCCAGGGGGGACCUGGCCGCGGUGGCAGCAGGCAAGGCGGUCCGCCAGCACCAAGGGUGUACAAGCAAUCGAUGGCCCAGAGAGCCCGCACCAUGGCCCUGUACAACCCCAUACCAGUCCGACAGAGCUGCCUGACAGUCAACCGCUCGCUGUUUAUUUUCAGCGAGGACAACUUUGUGAGAAAGUACGCCAAGAAGAUCACGGAAUGGCCUCCAUUCGAGUGGAUGAUCCUGACAACCAUCAUCGCCAACUGCAUCGUGCUGGCACUGGAGCAACAUCUCCCGGACGGAGACAAGACGCCGCUGUCGGAACGACUGGACGAUACGGAGCCGUACUUCAUUGCCAUCUUCUGCUUUGAGUCAGGCAUUAAAAUCCUGGCUUUGGGCUUCGCCUUCCACAAGGGUUCCUAUUUGCGCAGCGGCUGGAACGUCAUGGAUUUUGUUGUGGUUAUGACAGGGAUCUUGUCCACAGUGGGCUCAGAGUUUGACCUGCGGACACUCAGAGCAGUCAGAGUGCUCAGACCACUGAAACUGGUGUCUGGGAUUCCCAGUCUACAGGUGGUGCUCAAGUCUAUCAUGAAGGCCAUGAUCCCACUGCUGCAGAUUGGCCUGCUGCUCUUUGUGGCCAUCCUUAUGUUUGCCAUUAUAGGCCUGGAGUUCUACAUGGGCAAGUUCCACAAGACCUGCUUCAAUAAUAUCACGAGGGAGAUAUACGACAAGCAGCCGUGUGGAGAGGCGUUGCCGGCUCGGCUGUGCCCCGAGGGCACUGUGUGCCGGGAGUACUGGAUCGGCCCCAACUACGGAAUCACGCAGUUUGACAACAUCCUGUUCGCCGUGCUCACCGUCUUCCAGUGCAUCACCAUGGAGGGCUGGACCGACAUGCUGUACUAUAGCAACGACACCUCAGGGAGUGCCUACAACUGGAUGUACUUUGUCCCCCUCAUCAUCAUCGGCUCCUUCUUCAUGCUCAACCUGGUGUUGGGUGUGCUGUCCGGGGAGUUUGCCAAAGAGAGGGAGCGUGUGGAGAACAGGAGUGAGUUUCUCAAACUGAGGCGACAGCAGCAGAUCGAGAGGGAGCUCAACGGCUACCUAGAGUGGAUCUGCAAAGCAGAAGAGGUCAUUCUAGCCGAAGACGACAAAAACCCAGGGAACACAUAUGAUGCCAAGCGACGGCCCACCCUCAAGAAGACUAAGACGGACCUGCUUAACUCAGAGCAGGGAGCGGACCACAUGGGAGACGCUGUUGGUUCUCCGUUUGCCCGCGGCAGCCUCAAGAAUGGCAAGGGGGGCGACGCCACGCCCUUCGACAAGAGGGAGCGUCGCCUGCGCUUCUUCAUCCGCAAGAUCGUCAAGACGCAGGCCUUCUACUGGACCGUGCUCAGCCUGGUGGGCCUCAACACCAUGUGCGUGGCCGCGGUGCACUACGACCAGCCCGACCUCCUCUCCGACUUCCUUUUUUAUGCGGAGUUUAUCUUCCUGGGCCUCUUUAUGUCAGAGAUGCUGAUAAAGAUGUACGGACUGGGGACUCGGCCUUACUUCCACUCCUCCUUCAACUGCUUCGACUGUGCCGUGAUCAUAGGCAGUAUCUUCGAGGUGAUCUGGGCGCUCAUAAAGCCAGGCACGUCUUUUGGUAUCAGUGUCUUACGAGCUCUCCGACUCCUGCGCAUCUUCAAAGUGACCAAGUACUGGGCCCCUCUCCGUAACCUGGUGGUCUCCCUGCUCAACUCCAUGAAGUCCAUCAUCAGCUUGCUGUUCCUCCUCUUCCUCUUCAUCGUGGUCUUUGCUCUGCUCGGCAUGCAGCUCUUUGGAGGACAGUUCAACUUUGAGGACGGCACUCCCUCGACCAACUUUGACACGUUUCCAGCAGCCAUCAUGACUGUUUUUCAGGUCCUGACUGGAGAGGACUGGAACAUGGUGAUGUACGACGGCAUCGAGUCCCAGGGUGGUGUAAACACGGGCAUGGUCUUCUCCAUCUUCUUCAUCGUGCUUACCCUCUUCGGCAACUACACACUGCUUAAUGUAUUCUUAGCCAUCGCCGUGGACAACCUGGCCAAUGCUCAAGAGCUAACCAAGGACGAGCAGGAGGAGACGGCGGCCACCAACCAAAAGAUUGCCAUUCAAAAGGCGAAGGAGGUGGCCGAAGUGAGCCCUCUUUCUGCUGCCAACCUCUCCAUUGCUGCAGUUACAGUAAAAUCUGAGCGUAUCGACGCCACAGAGAGUGUACUGGACUGUAAGGAACAGCAGAAGAACUCUAAGCUGCCCAAGUCGGUUUGGGAGGCGCGCACUGCCGAGAUCCGCCGGCAGAACCUGAUGACCAGUAGAGAGGCGCUGUACAACGAGCUAGACGCAGAGGACGCCUGGAAGACGAACUUCCGCCAGAACCGGGCCGAUGUGAAGACCCACCUGGACCGGCCGCUGGUGGUGAACCCACAGGAGAACCGCAACAACAACACCAACAAGCCCCGUCCCGGCGAGCCCCCCGAACAGGCCCUCGACCACAGCCAGCCCUGCCUGCAGCAGCCUGCCCGACACCCGGGAGGGAGAACCGGUCCCGGUGGAGGAGCCGGACCCGGUGCGGGAGGGCUGAAUCUGGCUCACAGCCUGCAGUCCCUUCAGGAGGAGGCCGAGGAGAUGGAGGAGGAGGGGGGAGGAGGAGGAGGAGGAGGGGGCCGUCGUCACCACCACCACCACCACCCCCACCACCACCGGCAUCAGCACCGGGGGGAGGGCAGUGAGGGCAGUGAGCAGCCGCGGCGGGCCAAGCAGCACCGGAGGCGGGCCGCCGAGGCCGGGGAGGGGGAGGACGGCAACGCCGGCGGCCAGGAGAGGAGGCACCGGAGGCGUCGCCAUGACAAUACCGACGGGUGCAGGGAGAAGUGCAGGCAGCACCGCAGGAAGGAGAGCGGCUUGUCCACAUCUCGUCCCAUCCACCAGGCUCUGUCCCGCCAGGACAGCCAGUACAGCGAGGACCUGGACAACCUGCGUAACAGCAGCAAGCUCUUCCUGGACCAGGACCCCGAGGGCGACCUGGACUCGGAGCCCUUCUACAGCCACAGCCACCCGGAGCGGGCCAACAACCUGCUCAACCUGCGGGGGCCCGGCGGCAGGGAGCUCCAGCCGGGGGGCGGUGGCGGGGGCGGCAGCAGCCUCAUCCUCUUCGAUCUCAGCAAGGCACCGCUGGAGCACACGGCCAUCCACAUGCCCCCGCUCUACCCCAACGCCAUCAUGCAGGUCAACAAGAACGCCAAUACUGAAGGCAACAAGAAAGACGAGGAGAAGAAAGAGGAAGAGGACGAUGAUGAAGGAGAUGGGGAUGGAAAACCCAAACCCAUGCCACCCUUCAGCUCCUGCUUCAUUAUGUCAACCACCAACCCGUUCCGUAAGUGCUGCCACUACAUCCUGACGCUGCGCUACUUUGAGAUGUGCAUCCUGUCCGUCAUCGCCAUGAGCAGCAUCGCCCUGGCAGCCGAGGACCCCGUGCGCCCCGACUCGGCCCAAAACAACGUGCUGCGCUACUUUGACUACGUCUUCACUGGUGUGUUCACAUUUGAGAUGCUGAUAAAGAUGGUGGUGCUAGGGCUGUUCCUGCACCAGGGCGCGUACUUCCGCGACCUCUGGAACAUCCUGGACUUUAUAGUGGUUAGUGGUGCCUUGGUCGCCUUCGCCUUCACGAGCCAAACCCGAGGGAGCAGUAAGGGGAAAGACAUCAGCACCAUCAAGUCUCUGAGAGUACUGAGGGUACUGCGACCUCUCAAGACCAUCAAACGUCUGCCCAAGCUAAAGGCUGUGUUUGACUGUGUGGUGAACUCGCUGAAGAAUGUGCUCAACAUCCUGAUCGUUUACAUGCUCUUCAUGUUCAUCUUCGCCGUGGUGGCCGUGCAGCUCUUCAAAGGCCGCUUCUUCUUCUGCACUGAUGAGUCCAAAGAAUUUGAGCGUGACUGCAGGGGAGAGUACCUGGUGUACAAUGGCAAUGAUGAGGUGAAGGCGCAGAAGCGGGAAUGGAAGAAGUACGAUUUCCACUACGACAACGUGCUUUGGGCCCUGUUAACUCUCUUCACCGUGUCCACUGGAGAGGGGUGGCCGACGGUUUUAAAACACUCAGUCGACGCCACUUAUGAGAACCAGGGCCCGAGCCCGGGGUACCGGAUGGAAAUGUCCAUCUUCUACGUGGUGUACUUCGUUGUCUUCCCCUUCUUCUUCGUCAACAUCUUCGUGGCUCUCAUCAUCAUCACCUUCCAAGAGCAGGGAGACAAGAUGAUGGAGGAUUACAGCCUAGAAAAGAAUGAGAGAGCCUGUAUCGACUUUGCGAUCAACGCCAAGCCCUUGACGCGCCACAUGCCAAAGAACAAGCAAAGCUUCCAGUAUCGCAUGUGGCAGUUUGUGGUGUCGCCGCCAUUCGAGUACAGCAUCAUGUCCCUGAUCGCGCUCAACACCGUCGUCCUUAUGAUGAAGUAUAACGACGCUCCUGAUGCCUAUGAUAAAGUCCUGAAGAACCUGAACAUAGUGUUCACCACACUCUUUUUCACGGAGUGUGUACUCAAGAUCAUAGCCUUUGGUAUCCUGAAUUAUUUCAUGGACGCCUGGAACAUUUUUGAUUUUGUUUCGGUGCUCGGGAGCGUCACGGAUAUCAUAGUGACGGAAUUCGUGAAUAACUUCAUAAACCUGAGUUUCUUACGGCUCUUCCGAGCUGCUCGACUCAUUAAGCUCCUCAGGCAGCAGGAGACCAUUCGCAUCCUGCUCUGGACCUUCGUGCAGUCCUUUAAGGCACUGCCAUAUGUGUGCCUGCUUAUUGCCAUGCUGUUCUUCAUCUAUGCCAUCAUCGGGAUGCAGUUGUUUGGGAACGUGGAUCUGGACGAGGAGAAUGCCAUCAACGAGCACAACAACUUCAGAACCUUCAUCAUGGCCCUCAUGCUGCUCUUCAGGAGUGCCACGGGCGAGGCGUGGCACGAUAUCAUGCUGGCAUGUCUGGGCGGGAUGCCCUGUGACCCUGAAACAGGCAACCCUAAUCCAGAGUGUGGAAGCAACAUAUCCUACCUAUACUUCGUCUCCUUCAUCUUCUUCUGCUCGUUCCUGAUGCUGAACUUGUUUGUGGCCGUCAUCAUGGAUAAUUUUGAGUACCUGACCCGGGACUCCUCCAUCCUGGGCCCUCACCACCUGGAUGAGUAUGUGAGGAUAUGGGCCGAGUAUGACCCCGCUGCCUGCGGCAGGAUCAGUUACAGUGAUAUGUAUCAGAUGCUAAGACACAUGUGCCCGCCUCUUGGCCUGGGGAAGAGGUGCCCGGCGCGGGUGGCUUACAAGAGGCUGCUGCGCAUGGACUUGCCGGUCGCCGAGGACAACUCGGUGCAUUUCAACUCCACUCUCAUGGCCUUGAUCCGCACGGCUCUGGACAUCAAGAUUGCAAAGGGGGGCGCAGACAAGCACCAGAUGGACGCCGAGCUGCGCAAGGAGAUGAUGGCCAUCUGGCCCAACCUCUCCCAGAAGCACCUGGACCUCCUGGUCACGCCGCACAAGUCAGCGACAGACCUGACGGUGGGGAAGAUCUACGCGGCCAUGAUGAUCAUGGAGUACUACCGCCAGAGCAAGGCCAAAAAGCUCCAGGCCCUCCGUGAGGAGCAGAACCGAACGCCAAUUAUGUUUCAGCGCCUGGAACCCUCCCCGAGCCAGGAACGGGGACCAACAGUGGGGGUCAACGGUGUCCCCCCGACGCAGCAGGAGCCUAACAACAGCCUACCUCCUGAGGGUGUCAUGACUGAGAGCCAGUCGUGGGUGACGGCCAAAGCUCAAGAGACGGGAAACUGGAGUCCGGACCAGCCCUAUCCCGACGACACCCACGACAACCGUCAUAACUCACAGACGUUAGAGAUGAGUAAGAUGGGGCGGGAUGGUUACUCGGACACUGAGUCCUGUCACCCAAUGGAAGGGCACGGGCGGACCAUCUCCAUGCCCCGCCUCUCAGCAGACAACCAAACUAUCGAAGACACCAGUCCACUGCGGCGCUCCACCUCGUCGCUGGUGCACGGACGCUCGGGCCGGGGCGUGCGUCUGGACGACUACUCGCUGGAGCGCGUGGUGUCGGAGGAGGGCAGCCAGCGGCACGGGCACCGCCGGCGGGAUAGGGAGCGCGACCCCAGCCACCGCACCUCCGAGAGGUCGCUCACCCGCUACACGGACGCCGACACGGGCCUGGGCACAGACCUGAGCACCACCACGCAGUCGGGCGACCUGCCGCCCAAGGAGCGUGAGCGCGAGCGAGGCCGUGCCAAGGACCGUCGGCACCACCAUCACCACCACCACCACCACUCCUCCUCCAUGGACAAGGAGCGAUACGGCCCGGAGCGCGAGGACUACCCGCAUCACCACGGCAACGACCGCCGCGAGCGCCACUGGUCCCGCUCGCCCAGCGAGGGCCGCGAUGGCCGCACGCACCGACAGGGCAGUAGUUCGGUGAGCGGGAGCCCCGUCCCGUCGACGUCGGGGACCAGCACCCCUCGGCGCGGCCGCCGUCAGCUGCCCCAGACCCCGGCCACGCCGCGGCCGCACGUGGCCUUCUCGCCGGUGGUGCGCAAGCCAGGGUACGGCUCGCCCAGCCACCAGCACCCACCGGGGCCGCGGCUACGCUCCCCGUCCCCGCGCCACUACUCGCCCCCGCCGGGGCACCCCGACGCCCCCUACAACCAUCCCGGGUCGCGCCACGGCUCCCCACAACACCACCACCACGGUUCGCCACGCUCGCCGCGGCACCACCACCACCACCAGGGCGGGCGCUGGACCGGGCCGCCCCCAGAGGACAGCCUGGAGGGGGACGGGCCCUUCUAUGAGCCCGACUACGAGUACGAGCGCCACAACGAGCCGCCGGCCUACGAGCAGAGCCUGCAGCAGGGGGGCAACCCGCACCAUCACCACCACCCCCCACCGCCGCCGCAGCAGCCGCAACCGCGCUCCCCCAGGACUGCCCGACACCACCAACACCACCACGGAGGAAGAGGAGGAGGAGGAGGAGGAGGAGGUCCCCCACCACCCGGGCCACCGGGGCCUCCAGGGCCUCCUGGGCACCCCCACCCGCGCCGCGUGCCCAACGGCUACCGCUCCUCCUCGCCCUCCCCGCACCGGCACGGACCCCCCCACCCGCCCGGGGGCCCCCACCAGCCGCACCCCAACGGCCGCAGGCCCCGUAAGGGCCUCCACGAACCCUACAGCGAGACGGAUGAGGACGACUGGUGCUAGUGCUCCCCAACGGAAGCCUGAGGAGGAGAGAGAGGAGUGUGGUUGUAAGGGGGGCCGGGGGAGGUGCAGGUUUGGGGUAUUUGGGGGCAUGACGGAAGCCACCUACCCCUAUCUGCUACUAUUAACCUAAGACACUCCUACUGGAAAAGUAGGAAAGAACAGAAAAAGGCUGGCCUCUUGAACACACGCACACUAUUUUGGGACAGAAUGUGUGUGUGUGUGUAUGUAUGUUUGCGUGCAUGUGUGUCUGUUUGUGUGUGUACACAUGUGUGUGAGACUGUACCCCCAAGUCACCACACACACACAAACAGGUGACUUGAAAAAGCAGGAAGUGCAGUGGUCAGCAGAACGCCCUCCGAGGGCCCCCCCGCUA